AUGGAACCGUUAGGUUGGGUUCACACUCAGCCCAACGAACUACCUCAGCUUUCCCCGCAAGACGUUACAACACACGCCAAGAUCAUGGCCGACAAUCCAUCAUGGGAUGGCGAGAAAACUGUCAUUAUUACUUGCAGGUAUGUCACGUUAGUCAGGCUUCGUUCUAAAGAACAUAAGAUUUGCUCCACCUGGGAAGCGAAGCUAAUAUUGUUUUGUCAAUAAUAUUUUUCUGGAAGCUUACGUAUGUACUGCCAUUGAAACAUAAUCGGCUCUGCUCAAAACUGCUUAUCAAUAUCUCUUGGGUUACAUUCAGAUCUUUUCACUACUGACAUCAAACAGAUAGACACUUGUGUCCGUAUCACUUCCGUGGCGGCUGCCGCCUUCUUGGAAAAAUGAUACGCUGUAAAGUUGAGCAUGUGCCGAGAUUUGCUGGUUAUGUUGCCCUUGUUUUAUUUAUUUAGUUUUUUUUCCUUGUUGUUUUCAGUUUUACUCCUGGCUCAUGUUCACUGACAGCCUACAAACUGACCCCUUCGGGUUACGAUUGGGGACGAAAUAACAAGGACACAGGGAACAAUCCCAGGGGUUAUCUCCCCUCCCACUACGAGAAAGUGCAAAUGUUACUGUCUGAUCGUUUCCUUGGUUUCUUCAUGGUACCCGCCCAAGGAUCCUGGAACUUCAACUUUAUGGGUAAGUACUGUUGA